AUGGAAACCGUAAUCCUCCAGUUCAUCGGCAAACAGCUAGGAGCUGCGAUAGCCAAAGGUCUGGGCGACGAGAUCAUGAAGCAAAUGGGUCUUGGGAGCGGCGCCGAGGUCACAAGGAAGCUUGAUACAUUGCUCUCAGAGAUCAGGAGCUUGAAGCAGGACGUCGAAGAUCUCGACAAAGCGUUCAAGCUAUCUACCCGCUAUGAGAAGGUUACAGCCGCCCGAAAUGCCGUUCUCAACAGCAUGGACAACAUUCAGACGGCGGUUCAGUUCACGAACCAAAAGCUCCUCGACACUGCCAUCGCCGACCUCGCCUCCAAAUCCUCCAUGCUUGAUUUGCUGAAUGAUAUGCAUCGUGCACUUGCGGAGGAAGAUCUUGUCGGCGUGUCUGGCAACAAGGCGAUCCACUGUCUCCUCGAGCGUGCUUGGAAGAAGCUCCAGGACACAGGCAACCUCAAGUAUGGUGUUCGCGAAUUCAAGAAGGAGUGGGACCAGGUGUGGAAUACCUUCGUCCUCAUCCAGCGCGUAGGGACCAUGCUCUACCUCUUGAACCGCAGCAUCCAGCCGAAGCAACCUGGAUGGGACAAGGAGGGUGAAAUGAAGCACAUCGUGGACGAGUGCAACGCUCGGACGGACUCGUGGUGGGGAAUGUACACUGCAUGGAUAGACAAGGCGCGCGCGUACAAGAUGCUGUUGGAAGAGGUUGAAAGGCAGACGGAUGAGAAGGCACUGACAGUGAAUGGCCCCAGAAGGUGGAUGCUCCAGACAAAUUCGGAGAAGACCUGGGCCGCUGUCACUGAUUUGCAAUGGUUCCCUACCAGCAAAUGCUCUUUCUCCGUCCUCGAUCCGGCCCCUAUUCAACCAGGUGACUGCAGGCAAGAAUGGUCGCUAGCUUUCCAGCCAACCAGCGGCUAUUGGAGACUCGAGGGCUUUGAUAGCGGUGCGUACGGUCGGCCCUCUUGGGACUACUACGCACCAGAUCGCAAGCCCGCCGUUCUCUGCAGCACCCCGAAGAAGGACCACAGAAAAGACCAUCCCAACUGGCUCAUUCCCGCUGACAAGAUUCCGGAAGGAUGGAGUCGUGAAUAUCAAUUACUUCCGGUCGAGACCACGAACGUCGAGCAAGCACUCCUCAUCAUCGAGACCAACCGGUCGUGGGACAUGUCUCAGAAAGUUUACUCUCGUAUUCCUGCCGUUAUGCCCUUCAACCUCUCAGAUGAUACGAUCAAGAACCGCAUCAACGGUUGGCGCAAGGAGGGCUCCUGCAACUUCAUUUGUACCGUCAAGAACAUGACUUCGCGAUUCGUCCUCAUUCCAAACAUUGGCCGCCUGGACUGGUCAUUUUGGAACAGCUUCUGGUAUGAAUACGACGCGAUCCAUGGUAGAACCUGGUCGUCUUUUGGUCCCUGCCUACCUGGAAAGAACACCUAUCGGGCCGGGCGAGAGACGGGUAUCGCCACAGGCGCCACGUCCCUCAUUGCAUUCGACGUUCUCGAGACCGACGUUUUCAAAGGCGCCAUUCGCUGUUUCUGA